ACACAAUUGAUUACACGUCAAAAAAUUCUUUUCUAGAAAUACGUUCCUUUCAAAACCUAAACAAGUGAUUAUAAAAAGGAAGGUUUUUAAAUAAACACUUUAUGUUUUUCGAUACGAUUACAAUUCUUGAAACUCUGAGCGAAUUGAACAAAAGUGCAUCAAAUAAAACUAAAUAUUCUGAAAUAUCUCAUCAUUUUAUGAAUAUAAUUCCUGCUCUGAGCAAUUUAGGGAAACAUAUACUUGAAUUAUUUAGGAAUCCUAGCAAAAAAUGGGAACUAUCAACGUUAAUCGAAAUGUGUCAGACAAGUUUUAUAGGUACAAGAUGCCUUCAUUGAUAGCAAAGGUUGAGGGUAAGGGAAAUGGAAUAAAAACAGUUAUUGUAAAUAUGACAGAAAUUGCAAGAUGCUUGUCAAGACCUCCUACAUACUUGACCAAAUUUUUUGGAUGUGAAUUUGGAGCACAAACAAAGUGUGAUAACAAAAAUGAUAGAUUUAUUGUAAAUGGUUCACAUGAAGGAGUUAAAUUGCAAGAAGCACUUGAUAUAUUUAUAAAAAAAUUUGUGCUAUGUACAGAAUGCAACAAUCCUGAAACAGAAUUGCACAUAAGUGCCAAAAAACAGUCCAUCACUAUAUCUUGUAAGGCCUGUGGUUAUGUUGGUAACAUUGAUCCCAAUCACAAACUAAGUGCCUUCAUUCUUAAAAAUCCUAUUGAAGAUGUCUCACAGGAAGAUGGUAAAAAGUCUAAAAAUGGAAAGAAAGGAAAGAAAAUUGAUUCCACCGAAACUCAAAAAAAUGGACAGGGAGCCAAAGAAAAUAAUGAGGUAGUACCUUCUAUGGAAGAGGUUAUCCCCAAUUUUGGAGGAUUAGUUCUAACUGAAGCAGAAAAUUGCAAAAAUACUAACAAAGCUUUGAAUUCAAAUGAACUGACAGAGUUGAACCAGCCCUUUGAAGAUGACUGGAAUGAAGACGGAGUGGAAGCAAGAGCUGGGGAUAAUUGCUCUAACAGUCAGCAGGAUAGAAUUGAUAAAUUUUAUCACUUUAUCAGGGACUUGAAAUCCUCUGGCGAUUUGGAUAAUCCAGGUGUGGACAAAAAGAUUUUGGCGGAGGCGGAAAAUUUAGAAAUAAAGGACAAGGCUCCCAUGAUAUUGGCUGAAUUAUUGUUGGAUCAAAAUUCCCUAACUCAAAUACCCAAAUAUCGCUUGAUCUUUUUGCGGUUUUGUCAUGAAUGCCCUAAAGCUCAAAAAUACUUGCUCGGCGCCUUUGAACAACUAGUGGGCAAGGAGUACAGAUCUGAAUUGAUGACCAAAGUUCCUCAUCUACUUAAAGCAUUUUACGAUGCCGAUCUGCUCGAAGAAGCCGUUAUUGUUGAAUGGGAAAAUAAGGUCUCCAAAAAAUAUGUGGACAAAGAAAUAGCAACCGAGAUUCGCAAAAGGGCUGCCCCUUUUGUCAAAUGGCUAAAGGAAGCCGAGAGUGAGGAAAGUUCUGGUACCGAAAGUGAAGAUGCUAAGGAUUUCAGUGAUUCGGAGGAGAAUGAGAAAGAAGAAGAAUCACAUUUAAGGGAAAAGCACGUUAAACGGGGUGCAUUACUCUCCAAUAAUACCAAAACUUCUAACCAUGAUAAAGGUCACGAUAGUGAUAUAGACAUAGACGCCAUAUGAAACGGGAAAAAAUGCGAGUAUUGAAUUUUGCUCCUAAAUUUUUACUGUAAUUUAUUUUUAAAUACGUUUUUUUUAAAUAUACAAACUUAUAUACAUUUAUAUAUAAUAUAAUUAUUAUUGAAUACAAGAAUUCCAAAUUAUAAUUUUGAUAAAUAUUGCAAUUUAUACUUCAUAAU